UGCAGACCCAUGGUCCUAUGCACAAGAGUCCGCUAAAUUUGAAAAGCCCAAAUGCGCAUAUGGGCCACCAGCCAUUUGAUUGGACUGUACUGCUAACCGUCCGAGAUGCGAAUCCCCAAGCAUCAAACGUACGGUUAAUACUUCCCGCCAUCGGGAACACCGCAGCAACAAAUCAGAGCCUCUGAAUUCUCAUAGACCAGAUAACGCUAUAGCAAAGAAGAGCCUCAUCAGUCUCCUCCUGCUCCAGAGCUUCCCAAACGGCCACCAAUGGCCGCUCUAUUCGGCGUAUCCUCAACUCCUAGUGCCGCCUUCGGAAUCCGUACGAUUCCAUCGAGAAGAACCAGCUACGCCACGAGAAUCUCCUGCGUCGCAUGGGAUCCGGAGGGAUUAUUAGGGGCACAGAAGACAACGGGACACUUAGCUCGCCUCGAGUUCAAGAGACGGCUUGAGAAGGACGCCGACGCUCGCGAGGCGUUUGAGAACCAUGUCCGCGAAGAGAAAGAGCGUCGCCGAGCACUUCGCGAAUCUCGGGCGAUACCUGAUACUGCGGCGGAACUGAUAGAGUACUUCCUCGACACUGAAGCUCAGGAGAUCGAGUAUGAAAUUGCCAGGCUUAGGCCACGACUGAACGAUGACUUUUUUGGACAUCUGCAAUUUGAACUUGGGCAGCUUCGUUUUGCUGUUUCAAAGACUGAGGACAUGGAGGACAGAGUGGUUGAAUUGGAAACCUUGCAGAAGGCACUGAAGGAAGGAAUAGAAGCAUAUGAUCGGAUGCAAGGCGAGCUUGUAACAGCGAGGAAAAGCUUAACCACAAUCUUGACAUCCAAGGACAUUAAAGCCACGCUAUUGGAUAUGGUUGAGAAGAAUGAACUCAAUAGAUCCUUAUUGACACUUCUGGAUGAAAACAUUUCAAGUGCCCAAAAAGGCAAUCAGGUAGCAUUUUCUUUGCCCAUUUCUUCGUUUUUUCUGUAGUUGUGGCUGUUGGUCUGUCUUUGUGAGUUCUUAGGACUUGUCUACCAUGUAGUUUCUUACCUAAACCUCUCCCUUGCCAGUGUUUUGUACUUGAAAUAUUAGAACUGCAUGACAGAUAAUUGUGGAGGGAUGGAUAAUGAAAUUGUUGAAGUAUAAUCUCAGAGUGGAAUCUGAACGAGCACUAAAUGAAAGAAGCAGCUGAUUUCAUGGAAAAAAUCCGUGGGGCUGUUCUAAAGUACGUGACUGUGUAAUACUCAGGUGGAAAAGAAUACACUACUCUCUCUCUCUCUCUCUCUGUCUCUGAGUCUGUUUUUAUAUCUGAGUUAGGCCGUUCCAGAUUUUGUAUCCUAGUGUUGAAGCAAUGGUGGUGAGUUAUACUCGUUUUCUGGAAAUUAUUGUGUACGCUGAAUUGGGAUCUGCUGCAUUAAUGUAACCAUUUUGGUCGGUUGAUCAAAUGCCUACUGGUUCUUUGUAUAGAAUCGUGUGCAGUGCAGUUGCUAUCUGUUGGCCAUGUGGUGUUUGCUCUGCAGCCAGUUGGAGGGGCAACGGCUUGCUUCUCCAGCUGCCGACUAAAAUGGUUUCACGGCGAGCACGUGAGUGCCCAUCGAAAGAGCAAAAGGUUAAAAUAAUUUAAGAGUUGCCAACCUGUGGGAAAACCAGCUUUUCUAAUGUUAGCGGGAAAACAAGUCUCCAACACAAGUCCUGUGUUCUCUCCCUUUUGCUUCACUCUCACUUUAAUCUUUUGUUAAAUAGCUGCUUCUUAUUAUGCUCUGGAUUAGAGGGCUGGUUUAUAACGAUUGUUGAUGACUAUGAAUCGGGUCCUUACAAGUAGGAAUGGUCAACAAAUAUUUGGCAACAUUGGGUUGCGAAAUGCAAAUUGCAGGUCUUUCGAAUUAUGUGCACUUUCUUUUUGAAAAAACAAUCUGUGUUCUUCCUAAUUAUCUGGUUUUAUUUCAAAUCGGGUUGAUGGUUUGCAUGAGAAUGACACAUUGUAUGAGUUACAACUUGGUAAACUCUAGCCGAGUUUUUCAAAUCUUUGACUUGGUAUUGGUAGUCAACCUCCAUCUUUCUAACAUAGCAAAUGAAGAUCAGUUAUAUUGUUAUUCUGGAGCUGAGCGUGAGGGUCAAAUGAAGAUGGAAUCAGAGCUAGCUGUCGGAUCAAACUAUCUUCAUUCGACUUGUUUAUGAUGAUUUUUAAAUGAGCAGUCUAAGAAGGAACCAUCGAGAACCCUUUCUUCUUCUCGCUAGCUCAGUAGCUGUGAUCAUGUGGUGAAUAUUUUUAGUGGCAAUCUCGUAGACAGGCUGUGUCUCUUUGGCCUCCCAAGUUGAAGGGCCACUGUUUUUGAACCUCUUUUC